UGGACUAAAAGAAAAAUAUUUCAAUUAUUGGAAAUUUUCAGUACAAUUUGUGCAGUGUAAUCUAACCUAAAAAGUUUUACGGUGUCAAAAGUGUUUGCGAGUGUAUUCAAAACAUAACCAUGAGUGACCUAUCCAAUUUAAUAAAAGAACAGAGGGAUUUAUUCGAUUUAUUAUCGAAAUAUCAAGCCCGUUUCGAGGCAAAAGAUCCCUCUGAAAAGACUCAUGGUUAUGGAAAUGCAUUAACUCAAAGAGUUGAUGACAUUUUUAAUCGAUUUGAAUCGCAACACGAAACGAUUAUGCAACUUGUGCGAGACUCUUCCUUGAAUGCCAGUGAUGUGCCAUACUUGAAUGAUGAUGUGUAUUUUGAUUUUUCCGAAAAAUAUCUAAUCUUCAAAGGAAAAAUCAUAGACUCAUUAUCUGAUUAUUCUAUUUCGCAGUCACCAAUGGCAAGCACAUUUGUUGCAAAUCAUAAUCGUACUGACACCUUAGCUUCUGAUUCUAAACUUCCUAAAAUUUCACUGCCAAAAUUCUCUGGUGAUUAUAUGGAAUGGAUUCCAUUCCGUGAUAUAUAUUUCUCUCUCGUUCAUUUAAAUAAUUCUUUGAAUAAAAUUCAAAAAUUUUACUACCUUCGCAGUACAUUGGCUGGUGAAGCAGCUAAUUUAAUCAAAAAUAUUUCUGCCACUGAGGCAAAUUAUGACUCUGCAUGGAAGAUUUUAGAAUCAAGAUACCAUAACAAGCGAAUGCUUGUGGGUAACUUAAUUUCUAAACUUUUCAAUAUUCCAAAAUCUGAUGGUGGGUUUCAAUCUGUCAAAACUUUACUAGAUUCUGCUCGAGAGUGUAUUGCAUCCUUACAAAACUUGGAUGUUAAUACAGACACUUGGGAUCCACUUUUAAUACACCUUCUAGUUCAAAAACUAGAUAUUCAAUCUCGUCGAGAUUGGGAACAAUCUCUAAAAUCUUCUACAGAAUUACCUCAACUUUCUGAAUUAUUUUCAUUCUUAGAAAGAACUUUUAGGACUCUUGAGUCCUUAACUGAUGAAUUCCCAUCAACUUCAAAAUCUUUUCCUAAACAAAACUUCACUAAAAUUAGCAAAAAUUACAAUAAUUCUUCUCCUAAAAUCAAGAAAACUUUCACUCAUACUGGAAAGUUUUCAAAAUCAAACUCAGCUGUUUGUGCAUUUUGUGAGAAGAAUCAUUCUCUCUCAAAGUGUUUUAAAUUUCUCGCCUUAACAUUGAUCGCAAAAAAUAAAUUUCUUGCAGAUAAAAAUAUCUGUCGCAAUUGUUUUGUAUCCGGUCACGAUGCAAACAAUUGCAAAUCUUUCUUUCGAUGCAUAACAUGCAAACAACCUCAUCAUACAGUGCUUCAUUCAGAUGAACCUGUCACUCAAACUAAAAAUCUAAAUCUGUCCAAUCAAGUCACUUCUCAUAGUGCACAAUCUUUUAAUUCUGUUCUACUUUACACAAUUAGACUUUGCAUUAUCACAAAACGUGGUAAAUUCACUAUACGUGCUCUACUAGACCCUGGAUCUCAGGGAAGUCUAAUUUCAGAAUCAACAGUUCAACUUUUAGGUCUUGAAAAAACCAGAUCACAUUGUAAAGUGAUUGGUAUAGGAAAUGGUGGUGAAAAUUUAUCUAAAUUUUCGGUGAAUCUUGACUUGUUCACACGAAAACAAGAGUUAGUACUUUCAUGUACAGCUCUUGUGCUUUCUUCUCUCUCUUCUUAUACACCAAAUCCUUCAUCUAAACAUAUUUCUUUGCCUAAUAUUGAAUUUGAAAACUUAGCUGACCCUUAUUACUACAAAUCUGACCCAAUAGACUUAAUUCUAGGAUCAGAUAUCUGUUCUAAAAUCAAAAUUCCUACAGAGUCAUUCAUUCAUAAUGAUCUUUUCUUCCAAAAUACAACUUUUGGAUGGGUAUUUUCUGGACCCACUGAAUCUAUCUCCACAAAUAGAAUCCAUAUUCACAAUGUGAACUUGGAAAAUAUUCUAAAAUCCUUUUGGGAACAAGAGGAAGUUAUUUCUAAAAGAAAACUUACCAGUGAAGAACUGGAAUGUGAGAAAUACUUCCAAACUACUACAAAUCGAACCGAAAAUGGUCGAUAUAUGGUAAAUUUACCAUUUAAAUCUUUACUAAAAUCAAAUUCUUAUCCUAUACUUAACAAUAAUGUCACUAAUGCUGUUAGGCGUCUUAAACAAAUUGAAAUUUCUUUUACUAAAAGACCCAGUUUUAGUGACACAUACAAAGCUUUUAUGCAAGAGUAUGAAUCCUUAGGACACAUGACUAAAAUAGGGACUUAUCCUACUGACGUUCGUCCAAAUUCUUAUUUUCUGCCUCAUCAUGGCGUUUUUAAAGAAAGUAGUUCUACUACAAAACUGAGAGUUGUUUUUGAUGGCAGUAGCCAUCUAGCUGAUUAUAAAUCUCUCAACGAAGAACUUUCUCCUGGACCCCCUCUGCAAAAUGAUCUUCCUGGUAUUAUGACCAAAUGGCGAAGACACAAAAUAGCCUUCAGUGCAGACAUUGAAAAAAUGUUUCGCCAAAUACAAUGGAAUACAGAAACUGACUCCUUUUCUUUCAAAGUUAAUCUCGAAGAAAAACCUUAUUUUUCAAAACGAGAAAUUCUGUCUGAAUCUGCCAGACUUUAUGACCCAUUAGGUUGGCUAACACCAACAACAGUUGUAGCCAAAUCAAUAUUUAAACAGCUUUGGGAACAUGGCGUCGAUUGGGAUGAAAAAAUACCCAAACAAUUAGAGUCUCAAUGGCUAAACCAUAGAUCUUCUUUGCCAAUAUUUUCUAAAUUAUCCAUUCCAAGAUGGAUUGAAUGGUUACCAAAUUGUGAGACUCAACUUCAUUGUUUUUGUGACGCAUCAACUACUGCCUACGCUGCUGUCGUUUAUGCACGCGUUAUAACCCCUAAUGGCAUAUUUGUCAACAUUCUACAAGCCAAAUCUAAAGUGUCACCCAUAAAAACAGUCUCUAUACCAAGACUAGAACUGUGCGCUGCGACUCUUGGCGUAAAAUUGACUCAAACAGUCAAAGAUUCACUUAGUGAUCUAAAUAUCCAAAAUAUAUAUUAUUGGAGUGAUAGUUCCACUGUCCUUAGCUGGAUUCGUAAAUCCCCAUCUAAUUGGACAGUUUAUGUCGCCAAUAGAGUCGCUGAUGUUCAGCGCUUAAGUAAUCCUAUACAAUGGAAAUAUGUUCCAACUUCACUAAAUCCGGCUGACUGCGCAUCUAGGGGAAUUCUGGCUGAAGAAUUGAUUGAAAAACAAUCAUGGUGGUUUGGACCUCAAUUUCUUUAUGAAACUGAAAAAUCUUGGCCAGAAAUUCUUCCAAAUUUACAUACCUCUGAAGAGGAACGAAAAUCUAAAAUAUCAACAAAUUUGUCCACUGAGAAAAUAUACAUUGAACUAUUUUCUAAAUACUCAAAAUUACAAACUUUAGUAAGAAUCGUUUCAUAUUGUCUGAGAUUUCUUGAAAAUUGCAGAAAUCCAAAAUGUAAAAAACUAAAACCCUUGACUCUUACAGAAUAUAACAAAUCUUUAUCUGUUCUUGCUAAAAUUUCCCAAAAGGUUGAUUUUCCUGAGGAAAUUUCUAAACUUACCACGAAAAGAGACAUUAAAACAAGUCCCAUUCUAAAACUAAUGCCAUUUCUAGACGAAAAUGGGAUUCUUCGUGUAGGUGGACGCCUUCAAAAUUCUAACUUUCCUUAUGACGUCAAACAUCCAAUUAUUUUGUCAAAACAUAAUCCUUUGUCUAAACUUAUAAUCUCAGACGCGCAUGAAAAAACUUUACAUGGCGGUGUUACAUUAACAAUGUCAUUUGUAAACCGCAAAUUUUGGAUUGUAUCUGGAAAUCAACUUGCAAAACGCAUAAUUCAUACAUGUAUAAAAUGCUUCCGAUACAAUUCCAAAACUGCUCAGCAAAUAAUGGGCAAUUUACCAAAAGUGCGUUUAACGAUUUCUAGACCUUUUAAACACAGUGGCGUCGACUAUGCAGGACCCAUUUCUAUCAAAAAUUCUAAUCUCAGAUCUUCUUCUAUAACUAAAGGCUACAUAUGCGUAUUUGUAUGCAUGGUUACAAAAGCCAUUCACUUAGAGGCAGUUUCUAAUCUAACAACAAAUGCUUUUCUUGCUGCCUUUAAGCGUUUCACUUCUAGAAGAGGCAUUUGUACUGAUUUAUAUUCUGAUUGUGGCACAAAUUUUGUUGGUGCAUCAAAAGAAUUAAAAGUUUUGCAUAACAAAAAUAAAAAUUCUAUUCCUGAAGAUCUUAUUCACUCUUUAAGCCAAAAUUCAACUACUUGGCACUUUAUCCCACCAGCUUCGCCCAACUUUGGUGGCCUUUGGGAAGCAGGUGUAAAAUCUGUUAAAUAUCAUUUGAAAAGAAUCACAAAUGAUAGAAAUCUUACCUUCGAAGAAUUAACUACACUAUUAUGCCAAAUUGAAAGUUGCUUGAAUUCUAGGCCACUUUGUCCUCUCUCUAAUGACCCUUCAGAUUUUGAUGCGCUUACUCCAGCGCAUUUUCUUAUAGGUGAACCUACCAAUUGCUUACAAGAAGAAACGCUUUUGGAUUCUAAUAUCAAUAACCUAACCCGUUGGAAAACUAUUGAAAAAAUAAAGCAACAUUUUUGGAAAAGAUGGCAAAACGAAUACCUAAAUCGCCUUCAAGCUCGUCCAAAAUGGCUUAAAACUUCAACGGAUCCUAAAAUUGGAGAUUUGGUAUUAGUCACUGAUGAAAGAUGUGGACCUGGACAAUGGAUACUUGGCCGUAUUGAAAAUACGCAUCCAGGACCUGAUGGACAUACAAGGGUGGUAUCUGUUCUAAUGAAAAACAAACUUGUAAAACGACCAAUUUCUAAAAUCUGUUUACUUCCAGAUAAUUCACCUCAUUCUGACCCUGAUAUGGACAAUCCAAAAACUCUACUUUAAACUUUACAUGGAUAUGGUUCUGUUGGAUGUAUGGUUGCUAUUAUUGUGGCUACACUAACACGCUGUGAGUCGGAGCAUAGCGGAGGUUACUACCUCGACUAAAAUUCUCCCAUCGGUAGUUCAUCAUAGCAGAGUAACCCGCAUUCAAGAACAUUCGUCCUUCAGGGGGGAGAAUGUUGAUGAAAACUUCAAUUUCACCAAUCCACUACAAACAUCACCAACCAUUAAUGGCAACAACACCAUCUUCUUCAUCAUCAAGCAUCAUUAUCAUCAAAAAAAACACAUAAAACUACACAAAAUCAUCCAAAUAAACA